AUGUAUAAGAGUACAUCCAAAGCUCGCCAUUACAACGCGCAAAUAGGAAGAGACAUCUUUAGAUGUUUUGAAAAGAACAUGGAAAAUUAUACCGAUUUUACGGUCAAAGUUGGCGACUUCCAAUUCAGUUGUCACAAGUUUGUCCUAAGUUCCGGUUCUGGUUUCUUUGAGGCUCUCUUGAGAUCAGAUAUUAAAGAAAAAUCUGAAUCAUGUUGUACCAUAGAAGGCAUCUCACCAGAAAUAUUUGGUCUUAUACUGGAUGUUAUUUACAAAGGAACACUUGUUUUAGACGAAGAAAACAUGGUUGAAAUGUGGCGUGCAUCCAAUCAACUGCAGAUCGAAUUUUUAGAUUCGGUCUGUCAGAUAUUCGUAAGUGAAAACUUAACGUUGAAAAACUACUGCAGGAUUUAUGCAGCAGCAAAGCUUUUAAAUUCGUUUGGUGUAUUAGCCAAAGUCAAAAAGUUCGUCGUGAAAAAUUACCCAAGGGUAGUCGGAUCAGACGUCUUCAUGGAAUUUCCAUUCGAAGAUUUCAAAGACCUUUUAAAAAACUUUCGUAUUGUCGAAGAUUUUGUCGUUAGUUCAAUUUUAAAAUGGUCGUAUUCAGAUGACUCGUACCUCACACCUGAGCCAGAUAAAUGUAUCAGGAAAUUACGUGUGGAUCAGGCAGAUUCUGGACUUUAUAAUUCACUUUGUAAGAAGGUGGACGAUGGAACAGAAGAAGGUGAGAAAAUGUCACUUCGCAGGUCGUACCUUGGUCAGCUGUUUGCAGCAAUUUCUCUCAAAGACAUCAGCACCGCGUGCCUGUCCAAGCUCAUGAAAAACAAAUUUGUAAUAAACAAUACAGUUGCCUUCACACUGGUCCUCAAACAGGCCAAUUCCAGACUAUAA